CAAUUUCAAGAGACAGGCAAUGUUCCGCACCGAAACGGAGAGGGUAGACCGAGCACUUCGCAGGAAGAUGUUGAUAGAAGCCCACAAAAAUCAACUAGCCGAGCUUUUUGCAGUGAGGUGUACCACAAACGACUGUUUGGAGGGUUGGCUUGUUCAUAACGGCCUUCACCUCCAUGCCUAGUGGCCACGGAAACGCCGACAAUAAUUUAGAAUCGCCUUGUAUUUUGAGAUAGACCGAGAGCGUCGGAAAACAACUCACAAAGAUGACAGUAUAGUGCCCCAAAGGGGCCUCUACACGCAGCUUGUUUCGUUCAGCCAGACAGUGUUUCUCAACAAGUGUACCGCGACAUGUUCUUAUAUCCUCAGUAAUAGCUGACACAUUGCAAUGAAAGCAGCAAUAUCUUGAUCACUUCUGUCAUGUCGUUUCGUCUCGUCUCGUCAGACUGUGAUCUCACAGUUUGUUAAAAUAUUCAUGUCUCUUGUUAAUAAUUUCCUUUUCUUGUUACUUCCUCCCGCUUUCCCGAAUAGAGAACUCAACCAUCCUGUUUGGUUUUGUGAGUCCUGUUUAUUUUACUUCACCGAAAAUGCCUCUUUAUCUGCCGUACCUUACCAUGGAUACAGACAGGGCGUUUAGCAGUCGACUUGCCAUUUCGCGUCGCGCCACGGCGUUUCCCAAUCAGUCCCAGCGCAUCAGAAGGAAGCGCCAUUUCGUCUUCAUUAUUGCCACCUUCUGUCUCUCCUUUGUCUUCCAUCUUCUCUAUUAUUUUUGAAGUAUUUCUUUUUCAUCUGCUGUUCCUUCUCUUCCUGUUCGUCUCUUUCCCCUUUUCUAUUUCGUCCUAGCCUUGCUCUUUCUUUCUACUCUCACUUCUAGUCCUCCUUUUGCUACACAUAUUCUCUUCUCUUCUUCCUUUCUUUGUCCUCCUUUCUACUCAGUCCUCUACUCUUUCUCUUCAUCAUUUUACAUUUCUUUGCUUCAUCUGUUAGUUUUCUAUUGUCCAUUUUCUCUUUCUACUAAUUGUUCUUUUUCUUUACCAAUUCCUCUUUUAUCUUCUUUUUCUUCUUCUGGUUUUCCAUCCUCCUUUUCACUCGUAUUUUUUCACUUUAUUUGUUUCUUUUCCUCUAGUCUUCCUUAUUCCUCCUCUUUAGGCUCACCUUCUCCUUCUCAUCCUUCUCCCCCUUUUCUAUUAUUUUUUUUCUUCUCCUACUAGUUCAAUUCCUGACACAUUUGUGCGCUCUGAAUCUCAAAGGGUUAUUCAGUUAUGUCUAGUAUGCCUCCCCACGUGGAGACACUGCAACAAACGUUUGAGUAGUCUGGCCAACAGACGUAAGUGCACUGAUUGGAAAUGUUUUCUUCUUACAUGAGACAUCUGUGUUGUAAUUGGACAUGUAUGACGUUCUAAAUCCGAAUAACUAGAUCUUGACGUCCUGCCAGACAUUCUGUGCUUCGUUUUACCGGAAGAGAGCUUGGAAGUUGCUUCCUGCCGUUGUGAGUGAUACAGCUCAACGAAAGACACAAGCAUUCCCCACUGUCAUGACGUGUGCAGUCGAGAGUGUGUAACCGAGUUAAAGUGGCGGCAGUUUUGUUUUCCGUUCAGUCCACUGAACACAAAAUGAGGCGUCGCCGAAGCAGUGUCGAAAAGAACUCGAACGGCAAACGACAUUUAACAGCUGUUUCUUUGUUGCUUUUGAAAUAAAAUAGUGACAAACUGUGCGCCGGACAUGUUUUCUUCGUUAAAACUUUCGAAUCUGAGGGCCAGAUCGAAGAACAGUUCCAACAGUGGCUGUACGCCAUCUCAUCAAGACGCAGCGGCAAGCACUGUGCUAACUUCCAAGCCUCCCAGGACCCCAGUGCCGCCAAGCAGGAGGUCAAGUAAAUGUGGAGUGGACAAAGGCCUGUGUCCAAGCAUAAGCAGCCUGCGACCCGGCAGUGUUGCACAGCGCUGCGACGCUCUGUGCGCCGGGGAUCGCGUCACGGCUGUGAAUGGUAUCAGCACGACCCGCCUCAAGCACGAUGAGAUUGUGAGCCUUCUUAGGGGAGUGGAGGACAGAGCUGUGCUAGAGCUGGAGUAUCCACUGCCCAGCUUCCCAUCAGAAAACUCAGUGUGUGUGUGCCCAAAAAUAACACAUGUGACAAUAGAGCGAGAAGCUGGCAGUCUUGGUUUCACCUUGCGAGGAGGAGCUCAUCCGGACCCUCUCCUGUCACGGCCUCUUGUGAUAACUUACGUCCGCCCUGGGGGGCCUGCGGACAGCGAAGGUUCCUUGAAGAGUGGUGAUCGACUAGUGGCAGUAGAUGGUCAGUCACUUCACUGUGCUACCUUAACAGAUGCUCAAACUGUUCUCCAUCAGUCAGACUCUAAAUUCACAGUGUUAACCAUUGAAUAUGAUGUGAGUGUACUGGAGUCAGUUCGUCAGGCAACAGGUCCACUGCUGGUGGAGAUCGAACGUCCACCUGUGAAGGAUCUGGGUGUCACUUUGGCCAGUGCCACAUCACGGCAAGAAGGUGAAGCCUCUACUGCCGUCGUUAUUGAGAGCAUCAAGCCAGCUAGCAUAGCAGAAAGGUGUGGCGCUCUGCAUGUGGGUGACCAGAUCCUCGCUGUGGAUGAAACACGUGUGGAUGGAGUGACCACAACUGCUGCGGAUGUGAUGCAACUACUCAGGAACGUUAACAGUGCCCACAUUACUCUGGAAAUUCUUCCGCUCUCACAGUUAAACUGUGGUUGGAGGCUGUCUGAGAACAGUGUCCGGAGUAGAGGUUUCCUAGGGCCGAAGUGCAACACUGGAGGUCUCCAUUCUCCUAGCCCAAGUCCAUCAGGUUUCAGCACACUCAAUUCACGCCAUCAUCGUAGCAGACAGUAUAGUCACCCACAUCAUCCACGGCUUAAUAGGUUGGGCAAGGCGGACAGUAACAGCACAAGCUGCCACGACACAGCAUCUCUUCCUGGAAGCUACUCUGGUGGGGUGCUAUGCCACACAGAGACCCUCCAUGUGACUCUACAGCCUGAUCUUCAUGGUUAUGGGCUAUCUGUAGUGAAUCCAGACUCCAGCUCUCCUGCUGUUGUCAUUAGCAGUAUUGAUCCAGGGGGACCAGCUGACAGAUGUGGUUGUCUUCAAGUUGGGGAUCGCAUUUUAGCAGUAAACCAUAAGUCAGUAGUACUGGACAGUUUAAACGCCGAUGAAGUGACACAAAUCUUCCUGUGUGCUGAGGGCUCUAACAGAGGAGCGCUGCUGACCCUCCAUGUCGAGUUUGAUGUUGCUGAUGCAGUUGUUCCUUCUAGUGGUAUUUUCUCUGUGAAACUGGCAAGAAGAGGCAGUGGGCUUGGCAUCACAAUUACAGCUUCAAAGUCUUGCCUGCCAGGAGAACCUCUCCUGAUCUCUGAUAUCCGACGAGGCUCUGUGGCUCAUCGGACAGGAACUCUUCAGCCUGGUGACAAGCUGCUGGCCAUUGAUAGCCUCAGACUUGAUCAGUGCUCCCUGGAGGAUACUCAGCAGAUUUUGCAGGGAUCUUCAGAUAUUGUCACUCUCAGGAUACAGAAGGGUGAUGCAUUCCCAGAUGUGCCAGACACUCAUAGUAUAGUCUACACUGUAGAGCUUGCCCGACAUGGAGGUCCUCUGGGCAUAACAAUUGCUGGUUCUGAAGAGCCCUUUGAACCAAUAACAAUUUCAGGUCUUACACAAGGAGGUCUGGCAGAACAGACAGGGGCACUGCAUGUGGGAGACAGACUGCUGGCAAUCAAUGGAGAAUCUCUCAGAGGAAAACCUCUCUCAGAGGCAAUAGGUCUUUUGCAGAGCUCUGGAGACACUGUUACCCUCAAAAUAGCCAGGACUAUAGCACGAUCAUCUUCAGGGACACACUGUGAGGAUGCAGUACUGUCUGUGGGUCAGUUUGGUCCAGCACUGCCAUCUGUUGACAGUGCAGUAGAAUCGUGGGAUAGUUCGGUUCUAGAACAGUCUCCUCCUAGUAACAAUACCUCGCCAGACUCCAACCAGCCACCUCAACAACAUCUUACUGUGGCAGAAGUUUACAAAUCAGAGAGUGCAACUGUUAAAAGAAAGCAGAAAGUGGGACCAGGUGGUGAUGCUCAAUUGUCACCAGGUGGCAAGAUGUGGGAUGCUUCCCACAGUUCCCAUAGCCUUGACAGUGAACAAUCUGGAGGCACAUCUGAAGGGGACAUAGUUCAGCAGUGGGACAAGUCACCAGGUGCUAAUCAUGAAGCACAAACUACUAAGCAGUUCCUUGGUGCUGGCACCAUGAGAACAGGAGAGUCACUGCUACCUUUUGCUGAUAUGUUCUCAAGCUCUUCCAUACCUUCUGUGGGCCAUAAGCCUCCCAUUGGUCUCCCUGCCCACAAAGAUGUGUGUUUUCCUGCUGACUCCCCUCCCCAUUCACCUCUCCCUCUUCCACACUAUCUUCAUGGCAACACACUCCCUCACAGACGACGGUAUGUUGGUUCAGACAAUCCUGCAUCACUUGGUAUGAGCUACCUUGACGAGACGGGAAGUAAUGUAUAUAUGAAUGCUGACAAUGCUGGUAGCAGCGCCGUGUAUAGCUGUGGCUCAUACACACAUCUGCCCUCAGGGUCACCACAGUUGGACCUCUAUCAGGUGACACUGUUCAAAGAUCCUGUAUAUGAAGACUUUGGAUUUAGUGUAUCUGAUGGCCUUUAUGAAAGAGGAGUGUACAUAAACAGAGUUCGAAAGGGUGGACCAGCAGACAUGAGCACAGUCUUGCAGCCAUAUGACCGUAUUCUGCAGGUGAAUGAGACACGAACCCAUGAUUUUGACUGUUGUCUCACAGUGCCCCUCAUAGCCUCAGCAGGUGAGAAGUUGGAGCUCACUGUUGCAAGGAACAGUGGCUGUUCAUCAGAAAAUAAGGUUUUCAAUGGAGUACUGACCUGGGCUGAAGAAGUGAUUGGUUCAGUUCAGUGUCCAGUACCUGAUAACCAUACUUCAGGAACAAUCACAAAGACUCUAUAAGGUGGGAUAUUUUAUCCCAUUGUUAUAUUCAGUAACUUUGGCUCUUCUCAGUUGUGUUUGGUAUAGUAUAAUCAUCUGCUGUAACAGGUUAAAACAGAUUGAGAGAGAGGUGGUGCUCGUGUUUUGUCCCUCUGCCAAGACCUGUUAUAGAGCUACCUGCUAGAAAUACCAAGGCUGCUUGGGAGUAAAUGCAAAUAAAAAAAAA